AUGCCGUGCGACUUUGUCAAGACCGGAACCACCGAGCAGGUGAUCGGUUGUGUGAAGUUGCUCAUCCAGGCGCUCAUCUCGAAGCAAAGCCCGGAGUUGGCCUUAGACGCUGCCUGGGCGCUCAACGAGAUGGCGCACAACAAUCCGCUGGUCUCCGGGUGGAUUCGGGACGCGGGUGGACAACAGGCUCUGCAAGAGUCCUUGGUGGUGUACUGCUCUCACAGGGAGCACGUUGACUGCUGCAUUUGGUUGUUGCGCAUGAUUGGAGGGGUGCACGGUCUUCUCCAACUUCUCCAAACGGAGCCACUUCCGGCAGAGGUCUUGCUGGCGCUGCUGCAGGUGCUUCGGAAGGACAACACCUGCUGGCGCAACAACCAGGGCCCACUGGACGAGGCGCCUCAGCUACUGCGCUGCUGCGCGCAGCGCUUGGCGCAGUGUGGUCAAGCGCCCCCGCUGCUGCAGGAGGCCUCGGCUCUGCUGCAGGAGAUGUCUUUAGAGCCCUUGCUGGGCCAAGAAUUGCUCGUGAUGGGCGGCACGCAACUCAUGUCUUUGACCUUGCAGAUGGCUGUCCGCUGCCAGGACGUGGAGACAGCUCGAAGUUGUUGUAAUAUCUUGUGCUCCCUGGCGAAGGUGGGCCGUGUGGACAGUCAACACUAUUUGAGGACCACUGAAGUCCUACAGGCGCUGCAGAGUGCGGCACAGCUGGGCUCAGGUCAAGAGCUGGAAGUGUCGGUCGGCCAGACCCUGGGUUUCAUCUUGGGCCUUCCAGAGGAGCGGACUUCAUCCGCCAUCCAGCUCUUCUCUGGCCUGGGCGAGUUCGCAGUACAGGGUGUGCUGCUGGGCCGCAGUACGGGGAACGGUUUCGCAGAGACCCCACGGUGUACGGUCCAGAACCACCGCUGGGAGGAUGUGGAAGCCAUUCGGCUGUUGCCGCAGAUGGUGGGAGAGCUUCUAAAGCUGCAAAAGAUCCUCGGAGAGAGAAAGAAGACGCCCUUCACUUCCUGCAUCCACCUAGCGCUCUUGGACGCCCUGGGCUCUUGCUGUAGCUCCCUUUCGCCUCACCUGGCGCCGGGCGCCUGCGCCGAGCUGGACGAGGCGGUGCGGCUCAUUGCGCCCCAGACGAACAGCGUGGUUUCACACGAGUCGGAGAGUCGGGUGCCACCGGAGAGUCGGAUGGCCGCCAGCCGGCAAGCCGAAUUGCUCCGAGCCGAGCCGAAUCGCUCCAAGGCUUCGCGGCUGCACGAGCCGAUGAAGAUCCCCGAGGAGGAGACGAUGAAGAGACGAGAACGAUGA